CUUGAUGAUGCUUAUAAUAGCACAACCAAAUCCAAAAAGAAAAAAGAAGCAUAAGAACUGUUUUCAGCUAUAUUAUUGAAUUGAAAAUCCCUUAAUUGUUGAAUUAUGGAGGUUAGUAUUAUCUCGAGUGAGAUUGUGAAACCAUCCUCCCUUCAGUUUAACGAUUUAAAACCCUACAAACUGUGCCUCUUUGAUCAAAUCACUCCCAUGACAUACGCCUCAAUCAUGGUUUUCUUCCGCAACUGUAUCGAUCCAAAUUCCCAUGCUAAUAUUCACCAAACCUUAUUAUCCCAACUAAAAACCUCCCUAUCUGAAACCCUCACCUUCUAUUACCCAUUUUCAGGAAGGACAAAGAACAACUUCUACGUCGAUGAUUUCGACGCAGGAGUCACCUAUGUUGAGGCCAAGGUCAACUGUAGCUUGAUCGAGUUUUUCAAGCUCAAACAGAACGAGUUGCUGAACAAGUUCGUUCCAUUCCUUCCUUGGCGUGAUGAAACUGAAGCCCGACAAGAGGAGUUGCCUCAAAUGGGUUUUCAAGUCAAUAUUUUCACAUGUGGUGGAAUAGCUUUGUCUACUUCGUUGGGCCAUAAAAUAGCCGAUGGAGGAACAUUAGCCCUUUUCCUCAUGUCAUGGGCAGCCUCUUUCCGAGGCCUCCCUCAAAAUAAAAUCCUACGUCCCAAUCUCUCUGAUGCAUCAAUAGCCUUCCCACCAAGAGAUUUGCCUCCCAGCUACAGAAAUCUAAAGGAUAAGUUGUGGUUUGGGGCGAAAGGAAACUUUGUAACGAAGCGAUUCGUGUUCGAUGCCAAAGCUCUCACAAAGCUUAGGGAAAUCGCUAGCAGCCAACGUGUCCCUCAGCCAUCACGUAAUGAGGUUCUCACAUGUUUUGUGUGGAAGCAUGCAUCUAUGGCAGCUGCAGUAGUUAAUAAUAAUAACAAUAAUAACGGAUUUCCUAAUAAGGAUUCUGUUAUGGCCCAUGCAGUGAACAUGAGGCCUCGAAUGAAAUCUAAUGCGUUGAGCACCUCCGUUGGAAACCUCUUUUGGUGGGCCAAAACAACACCCAAAGAUAUUCGCUCAUUGGAGUUGUCUGAAAUGGUGGAAAUGGUAAGGGAGUCUCUAGUGAAUUUCAGCAAUGAGUAUUUGGAGAGCAUAGAAGUUGACGUGGGUUCUGCUGUAUCAGAGUUUUAUGAUUCAAUUGAACACAUUAUUAACCCGCUAUCUAACAAGGAUGAUGAUAAUGCUGUUGGACACCACAACACGUGAAAAACGUAAUUACUU